AUGCGCAGCAUUUUUGUGGUAUUACUCGCUUUAGCCGCCAGUGUGGGCGCCUCCUCCGUGGUUACGGAGUCGAAUGUGGCGACCGACCACGCUAUUAUGAACGGACCCAACCACAUGGUAACCAAAAGGUUGCUGCGGACCGAGACGUUGCCAGAAGAAGAAGAAGAGAGGGCGAAUUUCGAAUUCGUCAAGAAGCUCAAGAACUUGCUCAAGCCGAAGUCCGUGGCCCAGGGCGUCCCUGCAGUCAUCGCGAAGGAAAGCCAGCAACUCCAGGCAGUGGCGAAGGAAUCGCAGCAGUUCCGAACGGUGGCCCAGACGUUGGCGAUGGACAAGGUCAAGCUCCCGAAGGGUAUCAAGAAAAUGCUCGAUGCCCAGGCAUCCACGGACGAUGUCGCUAAGGCGUUGAACAUUAAGCAUGGAGAGCCAAUUGCAAACCUGUUCCGUAAGGAGGUACUGCCCACGUACGUCCGAUACAGCGAACUCGCGAGCAAGAAGACGAUAACCCCGGACAUCUACGGCAUCGGGUCUCUCCGGAAAGAGUUCACUGACAUCGAGCUGAGUGCGAUCAUCAAUGCUGGAAUGAAAAGUUCUGAUGAACUCACGUUCGCCGCGGCUGACCGACUACGUGCGGGCCAGUUUGACGAUUGGCUGCGUCAGCGCACGACCCCUCAUGAUGUCUACCAGCUCCUGAGGGCGGGAGGUAAGACUAUUAGCGACGCUGACAGGGUGAACUGGAGGAAGUACCUCAAUAAAUUUAACGCACUCCACAAGGGUUAAGCGC